GCUCACCUGACUGCGGGCGUGUGCCUCCGCUGGUCGGGUCCGCGCCCCUCGCUGCUGGCCCGCCUGGCGCCCCGCCUCACCGGCCACCAGGCGGCAGUGGGCCUGUGGGCGCUGGCGGCGCAGCAGCUGCUGGCGGUGGGGGAGGGGGAGGGGGAGGAGGGGCAGGAGGAGGGAGAGCUGGAGGAGGGUGGGAGCGAGGGCGAAGACCAGUUCCAAGAUGGCAGUGAUGAUAAUGAUGAUGACGAGGAGGAGGAGGAGGAAGAGGAAGGAGAGGACGCCAGCUACAACAACAGCAGCAGCAGCAGAGGCUCGUUGGACAGCUUCCUGGCUUCAGUGGACUGCUUAGUGCGCCGUCUGGCAGAGGUGGCUGCCUCAACCGCCCCCCGCUCCCCCUCCUCCCCUCCGCCCCCCUCCCUGGAUCCCGGUGUCGCACUCAUAGUGGCGGAGGCGCUAGCCCUGCUGCUCGCCUCACCCGCACCCGCAGUCAGGGGGGCAGCGGAGGCGCACCUCGCCACCGCUGCUACUACGACACCAACACGCACGACAGCUCAUAGGAACGGGGUGACGAUGACAAGGGCUGCCGGCAGCAGCAGCAGCGGCAGCAGCAGCAGCAGCAGCGGCUGUCUAGCCCAAGCGGGCCUGGUAGGCCCCCUGGUCUCCACCUGGCGUGCAGCGCUGCGUCGGCGGCACCCGCAGCAGGCGGCGGUGGCGGCGGCGGCUCGGCAGCUGGGCUUCACGCCUCGGCUACUGGUGACGCACCCGCUGUUUCCGCUGGCACUGACGGCGGCGGUGGAGCUGAGGCCGGCGGAGGUGAUGACUCCGCAGCGGCAGCAGGGGCGGCAGCAGCGGCGGGGUGCGGUGGUGUUGCUGGCGGAGGCGGCGGACUUUGCGAGCAACUCUGCGGGGCAGCCGCUGGGGCCGCUGUUCGCCUCGGUGCAGCUGCUCAGGGAGCGCGGCUGGCGUGUGGCGGUGCUGGUGGCUCAGCGCUGGCAGCAGUUGGGCAGUGCGGCGCGGAGGACUGCGUACCUGGCGCAGCUGCUGCAGGCGGCAGGGGUGGGGCUGGAGGAGGAGGAGGGGCAGGUGGAGCAGCAGCAGGAGGUGGAGCAGGAGGGGUUGUAUUAGAUGAUGAGGCCUGCGGGAGCAACAGCCGCGGCAGCAGCGGGUGCUGCCAAGGUAGCGAUAGGGGCAGGGUCGGCACGCCUCAUUCCAAUAGCUACAUGCGUUGGGGAGACAAGCAUGUGACACCCGAUGCUGGGGGAAUUCAUAACAGCCUCGUUUUAGACAGUUUCAUCCAUUGCUAGGUUGAGGGUUUGUUUGGGAGGCGGAAAGUGUUCACAUGUAAGGGCUGAGUGGCAGGUGGGGAUUGCCAACAGGCGUCCACAGGCGCAACAGCGUUGCGUUGGAUGUUGGCUUCGGUUGUAUUGCGGUGGGAGGAAGUGUGAAAGGUUGUGUGAACGGCAGGAUGGCGCACGUGGUUCUCGCCACCUGAACGCUAGCCCUUAUAUAGCAGCCGGGUUUGAGACGCCAGACACUGACCCAGGCAUCCACCCCUAGCUUGUUAGCUGUACACCGGGGGCGUUAACGCAGCUUGAUCGGUGGGUGGUAUAGCUUGGUGCCUGGUGACAUUGAAUAAAUAGAUCCUCUCUACCGAGAUGCACGAAUGAGGUAGGAGGGGAGCACUGAGACUGUAUCGGCCCA